AUGACUCCUCAGAGAGACACGGUCCUCUUCUUCAUCCCCACUCCUGACAUGGGCGAUGAGAAGGGAACGUGGUCCUCUGUCGACGAAAGUUGGAUGUUCGAACAUGCUCGGGAAGUUCAGAGGAUGCUGCCGGGAGGGCUGAUGGUGAUGGGAAUCUACUUUUUCUGCCCGACGGAUCAGGUGGGCGCUAAGGCGAACAUGGCUUUCUCCACCUUGCGGAGGCUGGCACGAGUGCAGUCAACGAUCUGCUUCCUGGACGAGCAGGAGGAGAGCGAGAUCGGGGCUGAGCGACUCUUCUUCCAUAUGUGCUCCAAGACCAGGAAGAGCACCUGCAAGGCGUACAACGUGAAAGAUUCGUCCAAAGGCAGCCAUCCUGCUGAGCUCAAGGGCGAUGUUUUCUCAGGCUUUGUUGGAGUCAACAGCAGUUUUCACUUCUCGAUGUCCGUCAGCAUCCCGCGGGUGGAAGAGGCGACCAAGAGCGGGAAGCUGAACAGCCUGUUGGAAGGGAAGGUUCGCGAGAAACUUUCCUGCAUCUCCAGUUGCAUCUCCACCAUCGACGAUACGCUCGUGAGCUCGGAGCCGCUUGUCGGGGGCGGGAAGGGAGGGAAGGGGAAGCAAGGGAAAGCAGACAAGUCCAGCAAGGGCGGAGCUGAGCCGCAGGAGCUGGAGCUAAGACUGUUCUCUCCUGCUGGCUCCGGUCUGCACUCUGGACUCCCAGUCGGGGUCGGAGAGGAGGAGGAGGAGGGGGGGGGGGAGGAGGCCCUUCAUAUCUCUGGGGAGAUCAUGAGUUACGGGAUUGUGAUGGGAUCGGAAAGCUCGAUAAUGGCUGAGCGGGCCAUCAAGCAGGACCUCGUCGCCACCAUCUCGCACAGGGUCUCGAUGCUCCUGGAGGAAUGGGAGCUGCAGGCGUCGGAGAAGGGGAGCAAGAGCGUGCUUGAGGAGGCCGUGAGCAAGGGGAAGGCUUCCUCCUGGAUCCUCCCCAGCCGCCUCUGCUUCCCGCUGAACGGCGUCAUCAAGUUCUUCGCGCAUGUCAUGCCCGGCGACAGUCCCAGCGAUGCUCUUGAAAGUCUCCAGCAGAUGCUGCCAAGCAUCGUUGCUGUGCAGCCAAAGCAAGGCCCCAAGGAGGAGCAGCAGGAGCAGCAGCUGGGGGGUAACGGCAUGUGGAAGUACGUCGCUGUAGGAGGAGUGGUGGCCUUGUACGGGCUCGAGAUGAUCUUUGACUUCUUGCCCUUCAUUUGA